UUUAAGACUUUAUCUUUCCAUAUGGACCGAUCGGAAUCGCUGGACAUUGAGGCGCUGAAGAUGACUCAGGAGCAAUACAUCCUGGCAUCUCAGCCCAACCCCCUCCAGCAACCGGGCUGUGCUACGGCGUACCCGGUGGGGAUUUACGGUUGGCGAAAGCGCUGCCUCUAUUUCUUCAUUCUCCUCCUCCUUGUCACCAUGAUCGUCAACCUAGCCUUGACCAUCUGGAUCCUAAAGGUCAUGAACUUCACCGUGGAUGGCAUGGGCAAUCUCCGUGUAACCAAAGAGGGCAUCAGAUUAGAGGGAGUUUCGGAGUUCCUACUUCCACUUUAUGUGAAAGAAAUUAAAUCAAGACGGGACAGCCCUUUGAUCCUACAAUCAGACCGCAAUGUGACGGUGAAUGCACGAAAUAACAUUGGCCAGCUGACAGGACAGCUCACUGUGGGUGCAGAGAUGGUGGAGGCCCAGUGUCAGCGGUUCGAGGUGAGGAGUAGUGAUGGAGAGAGAGUUCUCUUUUCCGCUGAUGAAGAGGAGAUCAGUAUUGGCACAGAUAAAUUGAGGGUCACAGGCAAUGAAGGAGUUGUGUUUAGUCAUUCAGUGGAGACGCCACAUGUUCGAGCCGAACCAUUCCAAGACCUAAAGCUAGAGUCCCCGACGAGGACGCUGACACUGGAGGCCCCCAAAGGUGUUGAAGUGAAUGCAGGAGUUGGGGAAUUCAAAGCUUCCUGUAGGAAAGAUCUCACUUUAGAGUCUUCAGAAGGAGAGAUCUUUCUAAACGCAAACUCAAUACGUCUCGGAAAUCUUCCACAUGGAAGUGUGGACCCUUUGCUUGGUCCAGGGACCACGUACCCCAAACAGACUGUGUACGAGGUGUGUGUGUGUCCCAGCGGGAGGCUCUAUCUGUCCCCAGCAGAGAGCUCUUCUACCUGCCAGACCACCAAUAGUGUGUGUCUCUGGAGCUGAGAAAGAAAUCAGGAAUCAUUAGACGUAUCUUGGCUCGGUUGAAGCCACAUCUUCCCAAUCUGUAAAUGGAGCAGAAACUCUUGUCUUUUCUUGUUUUGUUGUUCUUAUUUUUGUAUGAACUUCUGACUCAGCGGAGGAUUGUGAAUGUGUGCUGGGACGCUGGACUGCACUUGUGAAUGAGCACACACACAGCGAACCACAAACAAGUGUGUUUUCUAAAGAAGUUACAAAGGUGCCUUUGCUACUGUUAGUAAAGCACAUCACCUGCUACUGUCCCGCCAUGUGCAGUAAGACAAACCUCUGCUACGAAAAUGGACAGAAAAAAUGUAUUUAUUUAUUUUAUUUUUUUUUGGUCAAAGAGAUACUACGAUAAACAGAGAUGGAGAGAGAGGAAAAAAAACAAACAAACAAAAAAAAAAAAAACGUAUUUCCCCUUGGAUGUUUCUUUUUUGGAAAAAAGCACAAGAUUAUGCCAUGUAUAUAACAACAUUAACAAAUAAUAAU